GCGCCGCUGCUGAUGGGGGAGGCUGGGGCCGAGCCGGGGCCCGUGGAGGCGGCGGGAGCCGGCAGCGCCCGGGGAAGCCGGGCCGGGAGCCGCGGGGGCAUCCGGGUGCUGAAGAGGAACAUGAAGCGCAAUGGGAGCAGAAACUGCUUGAACAGGAGGAGUCGGUUUGGCUCCCGUGAGAGAGACUGGCUGAAAGAGGAUGUUGGGCGAGGCUGUGUAUACAUUUAUGGAGCAGACUCUGCAACUGCGACCUCUUCUGACCUGCAUUUGGUCCUUUGUACAGUGGAUACCCUGGCAUCUGAGAUCUGUGAUGGAGAGGGUAGGGAGAACCUCUAUUUGCAGCUCCAUGGAGACCUGGUCAGGAGGCUGGAGCCCACAGAGAAACCCCUUCAAAUUGUGUACGAGUACUUGGCUGGGCUCGGCUUUGAGGAUCUUGUGAGAAUACAGGAAGAGGCAGCAAACUCUGAUCUCAGCUGCAUGAUUCGCUUUUACAAUGAAAAGCCAUGUCAAGUGGAGCAACUAGACCGAAUCCUUCUGUCUGGGGUCUAUAAUGUGCGCAAAGGGAAGACGCAGUUGCACAAGUGGGCAGAACGCUUGGUCAUUCUCUGUGGCACCUGCCUCAUCGUAUCCUCCGUGAAGGAUUGUCAUACAGGAAAGAUGCACAUUCUGCCUCUUGUCGGAGGGAAGGUGGAAGAAGUGAAGCGUCGGCAGCACUCGCUUGCUUUCAGCUCUGCUGGUGCACAAGCUCAAACCUACCAUGUUUGCUUUGAAACGCUGGCAGAGUACCAGAGAUGGCACCGGCAGGCAUCCACGGUGGUGUCUCAGCGACUCAGCACAGUUGAUCUGUCUUGUUAUAGCCUUGAGGAGGUACCUGAGCAUCUCUUCUACAGUCAAGACAUCACCUACCUCAACCUGCGACACAACUUUAUGCGACUGGAUGGAUCAGGGGGUCUUGACUCUCUUUGCAGGUUCUCUCAGCUGAAGGGCCUGAACCUGUCCCAUAAUAGGCUGGGGGAGCUUCCUAUAUUACUGUGUGAGAUCUCCAAUCUGACUGAACUCAACAUUUCCUGUAAUGGGCUUCAUCACCUGCCAAACCAGAUUGGCAGCCUGUUCAAUCUCCAGACCUUAUGUCUUGAUGGGAAUUUCCUCACAUCUUUGCCAGAAGAGCUGGGACACCUGCAACAGCUCUGCUCCCUCGGGCUUUCCUUCAACAACUUCAGUGAGGUGCCAGUGGUCUGUGAGAAACUCACUGCCUUGGACAAACUGGCCAUGGCAGGGAACCAGCUGGAAACCCUGAACCUUGGGGUGCUGAACAGGAUGAGCCACAUCAGAUAUGUGGAUUUUAGGCUGAACCACCUGAGGAGAUUAUCUGUUGACAGCCUGGAGGGGAACAAAUCUGUGACCCACAUGGAUUUGCGAGACAAUCAGCUGACUGACCUGGAUCUGAGCUUUCUUGUCAGUCUAGAGCAGCUGCACUGUGAGCGGAAUCAGCUGAGGGAACUGACUCUGAGUGGCUUCUCCCUUCGGGCCCUCUAUGCCAACACCAACUGUCUGAUGACUGUAAAUGUUUAUCCAGUCCCUACUCUGCUGACCUGCCUAGAAAUCUCCUGUAACCAGCUGCUGUGUAUUCCUGACUGGGCCUGCGAAGCAAAGAAACUUGAGGUUUUGGAUAUGAGCUACAAUCUCCUCACAGAGCUUCCAUCAAGGACCCUGAGUAGUUUGAGUCUUCGGAAGUUGAUGGUGGGGCACAACCACGUGCAGAGCCUUCCACCUCUGCUGGAACACAUUCCCCUGGAGGUGCUGGACCUCCAGCAUAACCUGAUCACUAAACUCCCGGAGAUGAUGUUCUUCAAGGCUCUGAAUCUCAGGUACCUGAAUGUAUCUGCCAACAGCCUGGAGUCCUUGCCUGGGGAAGAGAGUCUCAGCGCGCUGCAGCUACUUUAUUUGACCAAUAAUAACCUCACAGAUCAGUGCAUCCCUGACUUGGUGGGACACCCAAACUUACGGGUCCUGCACCUGGCAAACAACCAACUGCAAACCUUCCCUGCAAGCAAACUGAGCAAACUGGAGCAACUGGAAGAGCUGAACCUGAGUGGCAACAAGCUGAAGACGAUUCCUACAACGAUCGCAAACUGCAAGCAGCUGCACACACUUAUUGCACACUCAAAUGAGAUCAGUAUCUUCCCAGAGAUCCUGCACCUACCUCGUAUUCAGUUUGUAGACUUGAGCUGUAAUGAACUAACAGAAAUCGUGAUCCCUGAGGUGCUACCAGCUACCUUGCAGGAGCUGGACCUGACUGGAAACACGAACCUGGUGCUAGAACACAAGACCCUGGACAUCUUCAGUCACAUUGCCACCCUGAAGAUUGAUGCCAAGCCCUCCCUCACGGCAGACUCAGUACUCUCCUCUACGCUCUGGAAUCACGGGUUAGCCGAGAUGGCUGGCCAGAGGAAUAAGCUCUGUGUGUCAGCCCUGGCUCUGGGGAGCUUUGCAGACAGUGUGGAAGCUGUGUACGGCAUGUUCGACGGUGACAAGAAUGAGGAGCUGCCCCGUCUCCUGCAGUGCACUAUGGCAGACGUGCUACUGGAGGAGGUGCAGCAGUCGAACAUAGACUCUGUGUUCAUGUCUAACACCUUCCUGGUCUCCCACAGGAAGCUGGGGAUGGCUGGCCAGAAGCUGGGCUCCUCUGCUGUCCUCUGCUAUAUUAGACAUGAUGGUACUGAUCUGGCUGGCAGUUUCACUCUGACAUUGGCCAAUGUGGGCACAUGCCAAGCCAUUCUGUGCCGCAGUGGAAAACCCCUGCCCCUUUCCAAAGUCUUCAGCCUGGAACAAUAUCCUGAGGAGGCCAGGAGAGUCAAGGAGCAAAAAGCCAUCAUAACUGAGGUCAGUUCUGCCUUUCUGCAGCUCAGUUUUCAUCCUUCAAUAUGGGUUUAAUAACAGCACCGGGCUCUAACCUGCUGCAGAGGACAUCACAGCAGAGAGUCUACAGAGAUAAAUAUUUGCAUCUCUUUUGUCUCUGCUGCUUCCCAGCUCUGCUCCUGCUGCUGGUGGGACAUUGAGCAUUGAGCAUUCUUGAAAUGCCAUACUGAACAGAUAGCUGGGCAUAUCUGGGAGGGUGAGGGAUAGGUAUGAGAAGCCAGCAUAUCUAAAACCCCACAUGGCAGAACAAACUGCCAGCUGAUGUGUGGUGUCUCCCUGAGGCUCAUGGUGAAGACCCUGACCUAAGCAAAGGGUCAUUCACUUAGUGAAACAAAUGAGCUGCUUCACUUCUUCACUCCCUCUAGCAUGGAGCCACAUGUAUGGGGAUGGAUUUUAAAAUGGUCAUAAUUUUCUGGGCUAAAAGGGUGAUUUGGAUCUAGUGCAGCAGGGCUCUGAUUGACUAUAUUAUGUGUGUGCGGGGAGAGGGGUUGCAUCUUAUUCUGAAACAUAUAUUCUUCUUUGAGUGAUGGUCCCUAUGUGGAUUCCAAUCAUGGGUGCGUAUACAUGCCAU